AUGAAAAAUAUGAAGAUAUCGCCGCAAGCGCCCUGGUUCUGUUCCUCACUCAUUGAUUACUUCGCAGGCCCAAUCGUGCGCAUAGCGCCCAACACACUCUCGUUCAACACCAGAUCCGCGCUCAAUGCUAUUUACGGCACGCGGACAGCAAACGUGAAGAAGGGCGAGUGGUACAAAACUUUUGAUAUCGCAGCCGGUACAUACAGUAGCUUCACCGAGACAGAUCGAGAGAAGCAUUCCAUUAAGCGACGAUGGAUGGCCCCGGCUUUCUCAACUGAGUCCAUCAAGGCGAAUGAACCACUCCUCAUCGACAUCAUUGAGCGCUUUUGUGAGUCUUUGAAACCAGAUGGAGAUGGUUGGGGAGAGAAGUGGAAUGCUCAUCAGAUGUCCGUCUAUCUUGGCUUCGAUAUGAUGGGUGCAUUGGUGUUCGGGAGUGACUUCAAGAGCGUGCAAGAGGAAGGGACUAGGGACUUUGCGGAUUGCGUACUACCGGCCCAAAAGUUGCUUUACUGGCUUUCCUACCUUCCUGUGGCCUUCCUCGUGCGCCCAUUCCUCCGAUCGCAUUUCUUCGAAAUAGUUGGAGGGAAGCCAGUCCAAGACAACAACCGUUUGAUCGACUACGGGAAAGCUCAAGUUCAGGCUCGUCGAAGUAAUGAAGGAAACGAGAAAGGCUUCAGCGACGGCAGAGACUUCCUAUCCAGGCUUGCUUAUAAUGACGAUAAGAAAUCAGGGUGGCGCCCAACAGACCUAGACUUGGAUACAGAGUCCCUCAACAUGAUCAUUGCUGGUGCAGACCCGUAUAGUCAGGUGUUCACGGGUGCUAUAUUCUACUUAGUCCACAACUCGGAAUGUCUGAAGAAAGCUACCGAGGAAGUCCGCUCAACAUUCACAUCCCCCUCAGAAAUCAUCGGCGGCCCUCAAUUAAACUCCUGCACUUACCUCUCUGCCACCAUUGAAGAAUCCCUCCGCCGCCUCGCCCCCGUCCCCUCUCACGUCCCCGCGUCGUCCUCUCGGGCGGCAUGA